AUGUUUAAACAAUGGCUGGGAUCUUUUAGCCACGUUUCUUGUUUAUUUUCAGAGCCUGUUGAACAGCUGAAUCAGAUCACAGCAUACAUCGAUGGUUCUAUGAUUUAUGGUUCCUCUCAAGACGAACAAAACAACCUCAGAGCUUUUACUGGAGGUAGAUUGAAGGUAUCUGAUAACGACUUGUUACCACCUGACAGAGAAGAAUCAUGUGUUAAAUCUCGACAAGCUGAUUUCUGUUUUAAAGCAGGUGAUGCCCGUGUCAAUGAACAAAUGGCUUUAGCUAGCAUGCAUACAGUCUGGUUGAGAGAGCAUAACAGAAUCGCCCAGCAGUUGGUUCAGUUGAAUCCAUCUUGGACUGAUGACAGAGUGUUCCAGGAAACUAGAAAAAUUGUUAGCGCGAUGAUCCAGCACAUUACGUACAACCAAUGGUUACCUAUAGUCCUGAAUAACCAGUAUUCAAGUAGCAAUAAUUUGGAUAUAAAAUCUAAUGGCUUUGACGAUCGCUAUAAUAAAAACAUGGAUGCCAGUAUCAGAAACGUUUUCGCCACGGCAGCUUUUAGAUUCGGACAUUCGUUGGUCAAAACGUUCUUCUCACAACUUGCACGCGGUUAUUCCGAUAACGGACGCCAUCUUGUCAAGGAAGCGUUUGGUCGUACGUCACAUAUUUUAGCUAACAGCGGAGAGGGCGUGAAUCAGUACAUCCGGGGAUUAGUUAAAGAUACCCCAGAGAGAGUGGACAGGUUUAUUACGCCACAGUUGACAGAUCAUCUAUUUGAAGAUACGUUUGGUGAUAGUUUGGAUCUAGCCGCUCUCAAUAUACAGAGAGGACGUGAUCAUGGGAUACCGUCCUAUAACGUGUGGAGACAAUGGUGUGGUCUGAGGACCUUCAACUCCUUCCAAUCCAUGCCUGGUCUACAAGCUGGUGCUGCUGAACAAUUUAGUAGUAUUUACAGAUCUCCAGACGACAUCGAUGUAUUUUCUGGUGGAUUAUCGGAAAUAAAUAUAGACGGUGGUCUGGUUGGACCAACAAUCGCCUGUAUUUUAGCUAAUCAGUUCCGUGCUAUCAGAGAAGGGGACAGAUUCUGGUAUGAAAGACCAGGAAAUACAGGUUUCACUCAAGCCCAACUCAACUCCAUAAAGAAGACGAGUUUAUCCAGAAUCCUAUGUGACAACACGGACAUCCAGACCAUUCAGUUUAAUCCCUUCUGGCAACCUGAUCAAAGCCAACCUCUACAACCGUGUGGAACCUUACCAACACCUGACCUGUCACUGUGGAGGGAUGAAAACGGCGGGGGAAAUGGGGGUAGGAAUAUACCCGAAGCCAAGUGGUCCAGGUGGGGUCCGUGGUCAUCUUGUAACAACGGACAGAAGAGACGAACCAGAACCUGUGAGGGUGAAGGCAGCUGUCAGGGUAAAAACACUCAGACAAGACGAUGCAAUAAUGGAGGUUCUAGUCCGGGUCAAGGUGGAUGGGGUGAAUGGGGAUCUUGGAACCAAUGUAACGGUGGUAAACAAUGGAGAUGGCGACAGUGUGUUGGAGUCUCGUCUUACUGUGCUGGACCGAGCGCCGCCUCGCAACCAUGUGGCGGAAGUAAAUAUAUUCCUAGAUAUUGUCUUGUAGAAUUCUUCAGACAAUCAAGUAUCUGUGCUGGUUAUUUUUAGAAAUGU